AUGAAGGAAUUAUUUUUCAUGUUUCAUGUGCUCCUCCUUGUGUCGUCUAUAUUAUCGUAUAAGAUUAGUGGCCUCAUGCCCAAGAUUAGAGAUAAUAUGUUGAAUGAGAGUAAACUUAAUUGUAGGCCGGGAGAGAGCAAUGGCGCUGGAGUUGGGAGUGGAAAUAGACUUCAAUAUGACAGUAAGUGUAACGCUGCUGGUACUGAAAAUGAUUGCUGUGGCUGUGGAGAUGGGAAUGGUGGGGGAGGCUUGGGAGGUGGUAGUAGUAGUAAUUUUGGCGGUGGACAUGGUGGUGGAGGUGGUGUAGGGGGCGGAGGAGGUGGCGGCGGCGGUGGAGGGGAUGCAGGGGGAUCUGGCGGAGGUUUUGGCUUUGGGAACAAUAAUGAAAAUAAUGGAGGUGGUGGCGGAGGCGGUGGGGGUGGUGGUGGUGGUGGUGGCGGAGGCGGUGGGGGUGGUGGUGGUGGUGGUGGAGGAGGCGGAGGGGGUGGGGUUGGCUAA